UCAUUGAUGUAAGUGAUUGUAAAAGUGGGUAAAAAUAUUGAAUCAUUGCUUCCUUUUCUGGUCUUCAAUGAGAAGACAAUCGACACGUGUUUAGUGGGAAUCAAGUCUUGAGAUCAUUAAAAUGACGACAGCCGCUUACCGGCCGUUAGUUAGCGUUUACACCGAAAAGAAUGAGAAUUCUGGUGUAUCGGUAAAACUUCCCGCAGUGUUUCGGGCGCCCAUCAGGACUGAUGUCGUUAACUUUGUCCACACAAACAUCCGAAAGAAUAAGCGACAGCCGUAUGCCGUGUCUCGCGAAGCGGGACACCAAACUAGCGCUGAGUCGUGGGGUACCGGACGUGCUGUGGCUCGUAUUCCUCGAGUUCGUGGCGGUGGUACUCAUCGCUCAGGUCAGGGAGCUUUUGGUAACAUGUGUCGCGGUGGACGCAUGUUUGCACCGAUUCGUGUUUGGCGACGACUUCACCGAAAGGUGAAUCGUAAUCAACGUCGAUAUGCAAUUGUAUCGGCUAUUGCUGCCUCUGGUGUUCCUUCGGUGGUUAUGAGUAAAGGACAUUUGAUUGAAGAAGUACCUGAAUUUCCAUUAGUUGUAUCCGAUAAGAUCCAAGAAUACAAUAAAACAAAACAAGCGGUCACUUUCUUGAGGAGCAUUAAGGCCUGGAAUGAUAUCGAAAAAGUAUAUAAAUCUAAGCGAUUUCGAGCCGGAAGAGGAAAGAUGAGGAAUAGACGUCGUGUACAACGAUUGGGACCAGUCGUGGUCUAUGCCAAUGACUCUGGACUUACUAAGGCUUUCCGUAAUAUACCCGGAAUCGAGACUAUAAAUGUCGAGAAACUUAAUUUGUUGCGUUUGGCUCCCGGAGGACAUGUCGGCCGGUUUAUCAUUUGGACUGAAAGUGCUUUCAGAAAAUUAGAUGAAUUAUACGGCACGUGGAAGACUGAGUCUAAACUCAAGAGAAAUUAUAACCUUCCACAGCCAAAGAUGGCUAACACUGACCUCUCCAGGAUUUUGAAGAGCGAUGAGAUCCAGAAGGCUUUGAGACCACGAAACACUCGAAUUAAUCGAAGUGUGGUUAAGAGGAAUCCUCUGAAGAACCCAUUGGUGAUGCGUAAACUCAAUCCUUACGCUGCAGUUCUCAAGAAGUACGCGCGCGUUAAUAACGAACGCCGAAAAUCUGCCCGAGAGUUGCUGUUGAAGAAGCGUCGCGGAGAGAAAGUUGAUGAGAAAGAGCUGAAGAAGGCUGCGCUCGCACUCGGCAUCAAAAUUAGGAAAUAUAAAGAAUAUAAGGCAGAGAUCAACAAGAAAAAGGAAACCCUUAAGAAAAUCCGCGAUAAAGUAGCCUCAGAUCGCUCUAAGAAAGAGUCCGCUAAAAAGUAAAUUAAGAAUAAUUGUAUUAAUUAUCAAUUUGUGUAAUCGUUUUGAAUAAAGAGGUUUUGAAAU